GGGUGGGGGGAAGGGGGGGCUGAGAUCUUUAUAAACAGCUAGAUGGCACAGUAAGGACCAUCAGCAGUUGGGUGACUAGAGAAGACAGACGUCCAGCUCAAGAAUAUCCAGACAGUGUACCAUGGCCUCUCUCUCUCUGUCCCUGGGACUGCUGGUGCUUUGCACCCUGGCUCUUGUACACUGUGACCUGGAUGACAGCCAUGUCAGGGUGUGGGGCCUUAGUGCCUCCAAUCUGAAAGGAGACCUCCUCUCCCAGCCAGACCCCUACGUCAAGGUGUGGUGCGGCCCAGCCUUCGGUGGCAUGACCAGCAUUUUAACGAACCAGGCCAACCCCACCUGGCCCGGUGAGUUCAACUUCCUAGACAUCAUCCACAAGUCUGUCCUGAAGCUGGAGGUGUGGGAUCAGGACGCCGGGCCAGAUAACCGCCUGGGAACCUGCACCACCACUGUCUACCCAGGAACACACACUGAGACCUGCCACCUGAAGAAAGGCACCGUCUACUACACCUACAGCUACAAGAAGGAACAGGAGCAAUAGAAUGAUGAUUAGAUUGUAACCUAUGACCUUUGUGACCUCGUGUCUGAUAGGUUCUCUCACUCUGUCAACCAUAUAUUAUCUUCCUUAUAGCAUCAAUAAAAAAACAUGCUUCACGGCAA